GCGUGGCGUAAUAAAACUAUAAAAACAUCUCACUCUCUGUCUCAACUACCGCCUGUCUCUCUCGGUUCUGCCUAUUCCAGUCUGUAUCCUUUGAUCUACCAUGGCAACCAUUUCCAGGCUCCCCACACCGAGUCCUGCGCCUUCUGCCUUGUCCACGCUGAGACCCAGAUCUUCUCAGCCUAAGAUUUUGAUCGGCUUCUACAGCGGAAGCACUUUCAACGCCAAAGUUUCAUCUUCCAAGUUGGCCGUUCGGAGUAACCCUGCUAUCAGGGGCCCUUUGGUUGUCAGAUGUUCCCAAGUUGGAAAUGGAAGUCCAGCAAAGAGAACAGUUCUUCAUGAUCUCUACGAGAAAGAAGGGCAGAGUCCAUGGUAUGAUAACCUCUGCCGACCUGUUACGGAUUUGCUUCCUCUGAUUGCAAGUGGUGUUAGAGGUGUAACUAGCAACCCAGCGAUCUUCCAAAAAGCAAUAUCGUCUUCAAAUGCUUACAAUGAUCAGUUCAGGGAACUUGUUCAAUCGGGUAAAGACAUAGAAUCUGCGUACUGGGAGCUCGUAGUGAAGGAUAUUCAAGAUGCAUGCAAACUUUUUGAGCCAAUAUAUGAUCAAACAGAUGGUGGUGAUGGAUAUGUUUCUGUUGAAGUUUCUCCCAGACUUGCUGAUGAUACUAAGGGGACUGUAGAGGCUGCAAAAUGGCUCCACAAAGUGGUUGAUCGCUCCAAUGUUUACAUAAAGAUUCCUGCUACAGCUGCCUGUGUUCCUUCAAUUAAGGAAGUUAUUUCACUUGGCAUAAGUGUCAACGUGACACUCAUAUUCUCUCUUUCUAGGUAUGAAGCAGUCAUCGAUGCUUACUUGGAUGGCCUUGAAGCUUCGGGGCUAAGUGACCUCUCCAGAGUUACUAGUGUUGCUUCCUUCUUUGUCAGUCGAGUUGAUACCCUCAUUGACAAAAAGCUUGACAAGAUUGGAACCCCAGAGGCCCUUGAUCUUCAUGGAAAGGCCGCAGUUGCUCAAGCAGCCUUGGCAUACAAGCUCUACCAGAAGAAAUUUUCUGGUCCAAGAUGGGAAGCUCUGGUGAAAAAAGGUGCCAAGAAGCAGAGGCUGCUGUGGGCCUCAACCAGUGUUAAGAAUCCUGCUUACCCUGACACCUUAUAUGUGGCUCCUCUCAUUGGACCUGAUACGGUUUCAACCAUGCCCGACCAAGCUUUUCAGGCAUUUAUCGAUCAUGGUCUCGUUUCUAGAACAAUUGAUUCAAAUGUAUCCGAAGCUGAAGGCGUUUACAGUGCACUCGAGAAGUUGGGCAUCGACUGGAGCAAUGUUGGCUCGCAGCUCGAACUUGAAGGUGUGGAUUCUUUCAAGAAAAGCUUUGACAGCCUGCUGGAUACCCUGCAAGAGAAGGCAAACUCUCUUAAAUUAGUGAGCCUGUGAGCCUUGUGGUUUCGCUUAUGACAUGUUUAUUGUCUGAUCUUUACGUUAAUAAAACUGGUGGGCGCCGUAUCCCGCUGUAAAUGUAGUUGAGGGGACUGAAUUGUAAGACGAUUAUGAUAUAUUCAUGUAUGACUAUGCUUCGUGGGAAUGUAAGGUUUGAAGGAUCAA